GAGUUCCACCCCUUCAUCGAGGCGCUGCUCCCCCACGUCCGGGCCUUCGCCUACACCUGGUUCAACCUGCAGGCCCGCAAGCGCAAGUACUUCAAGAAGCAUGAGAAGAGGAUGACGAAGGACGAGGAGAGGGCGGUGAAGGAUGAGCUGCUGAGCGAGAAGCCGGAGGUGAAGCAGAAAUGGGCCUCGCGCCUCCUGGCCAAGCUGCGCAAGGACAUCCGGCCCGAGUGCCGCGAGGACUUCGUGCUCUCCAUCACAGGCAAGAAGCCCUCGUGCUGCGUCCUCUCCAACCCCGACCAGAAGGGGAAGAUGCGCCGCAUCGACUGCCUGCGGCAGGCGGACAAGGUGUGGCGGCUGGACCUGGUCAUGGUCAUCCUCUUCAAAGGGAUCCCGCUGGAGAGCACCGAUGGCGAGCGCCUGGUCAAGUCGGGCCAGUGCACCAACCCCAUCCUCUGUGUCCAGCCCCACCACAUCAGCGUCUCGGUCAAGGAGCUCGACCUCUACCUGGCUUACUUCGUCCGUGAGAGAGAUGCGGAGCAGAGCAGCAGCCCCCGGACGGGCAUCGGCUCUGACCAGGAGGACAAGCCCCACGGGGGCCACAUCCCUUACUUCCAGGAAAGCUUCGUCACCUCGGGGGUGUUCAGCGUCACCGAGCUCAUCCAGGUGUCCCGAACGCCGGUGGUGACAGGCACGGGGCCAAACUUCUCCCUGGGGGAGCUGCAGGGCCACCUGGCCUACGACCUGAACCCCUCCAGCACCGGCAUGAGGAGGACGCUGCCCAGCACCUCCUCCAGCGGCAAACGGCACAAGUCGGGGUCCAUGGAGGACGACAUCGACACCAGCCCGGGGGGCGAGUACUACACCUCCUCCAACUCCCCCACCAGCAGCAGCCGCAACUGGACAGAAGACAUGGAAGGGGGCAUCUCCCCCACCGUGAAGAAGACGGAGAUGGACAAGUCCCCCUUCAACAGCCCAUCACCCCAGGACUCCUCGCCCCGGCUGAGCAGCUUCACGCAGCACCACCGUCCUGUCAUCGCGGUGCACAGCGGUGACCCACACCCGUCGUCUGCGCUGCAUUUCCCCACCACCUCCAUCCUCCCCCAGACGGCCUCCACCUACUUCCCCCACACGGCCAUUCGGUACCCGCCUCAUCUCAACCCGCAGGACCCGCUGAAAGAUCUCGUCUCGCUGGCCUGCGACCCGUCCAACCAGCAGCCCGGACCGUUAAAUGGAAGUGGUCAAGUGAAAGUGCCCAGCCACUACCUGCCCACGCAGAUGCUGGCGCCGCCACCUCCCCCCGGCAUGCCCCGCUUGGCCGUCUCUCCUGACACCAAAUCCACCACGACAACUACCGAGGGAGGGACAACCUCACCGACAUCACCCAUCCUGGUACCUGGGAUAACCGCCGCCGUGCCGCCCCUUCGCCUCCCUUCUCCUCUGCUUUAGGCACCCCCAGAGGAACAUCCCCGUCCCCGAGCACCAGGCCCAGCCUUGCGGUGACGACGGAGAGCGCGGACUCACGACGAUGACGACGACGACGACAAGCAAAACCCACACCCGAAGGAAAGAGCGAGGGAAAGGAAGAAGGAAAAGGGUCAAACUUUUUUAAAAAGGAAAAAAAAAAUACAAACAAAACAACAACCCAUCCGAGGAGGACCGCCCCCCCCGCCCCGGCAAUGCGCCAGAAAACAAAGAAACAGAAAAAAAAAGAAAAAAAACACUAUUAUUUGCCCUGUCGGCCGGCGCCGCGCCGAGACCUGACACAACUCGUGCCAGCGAUGCCUCCCAGAGCGGCAGCGGGGCUGUGGCGCCAGAGCCCUGCCGGCCGCUCGCCAGAGGGUUGGAUAUGCAAACGGCUCUUGACUCUCUCAUUCUUGCCGCUAUGUGAGUAAAAAAGAUCAACCCCCCUCCCCGCCGUUCCCCCCUCCCCGGCCCGACACAGACUCUCGGGGGGCCCCGGGGCCGGGGUGGGGUGC